CAGCCUCUGUACCUAUACACCUGAGGAUAAGUUCCCACCCCCCUAGUUUGUUUACUUGUCGGAAGGCUGAUAACUUUUUUUUUCUUCGUUCCUUCUUUCUGCUGUUUGAUUAGCAUAUGCAAGCCACCGCAAUGAAACCGGCCCAACGGGCUCCUGCUGCAGACACCUCUCCCUCCUCCGAGUGUAACAUGCACAGGACUGGUAUCGGAUUACCUGGAUGCGUAUGAGCCACAUUGACGUAGACGAGGGCCUUGGCUCCCAAAUGCCUUCUGUAUUGGCUGAGCUUUGCAUAUAGUGAUUCACUGAUGAUCCUGUCAUAGGAAUACAUGGGAAAUACAGGUGUCCAUGCGCCGCUCAAUAUAUGAUGAUAGCCGAUGAUAUUGAUCUAACAAGCCAUAAUAAUACUCAUAUUAGCCCUAAUGUGAUUCCUGCUAGCCAUAAUAUUGAUCAUACUAGUCAUAAUAUUGAUAAUGCUAGCAAUUAUAUUGAUCCUAUUAGCGAUACAAUUUAUUAUAUUAGCCUUACUAUUGAUCAUACUAGCAUUACUAUUGAUCCUAUUAGACAUAAUAUUGAUCAUAUUAGCCAUAUUAUUGAUCACAUUAGUCACAAUAUUAAUCAUGCUAAUCAUAAUAUUGAUCAUAUAAGCCAUUAUAUUGAUCCUACUAGCCAUACUAUUGAUCCUACUAGUCACAUUAUUGAUCAUUCUAGCAAUACUAUUUAUCCUAUUAGCCAUAAUAUUGAUCAUAUUAGCAAUGAUUUUGAUCAGUCACAAUAUUGAUCAUAUUAGCCAUAAUAUUUACCCUACCAGCCAUAGUAUUGAUCAUACUAAUAAUGUUGAUACGGUCGUAGUAUUGAAAGUGCAAUCUGUCAAUAUUUUUAGAAAAAAUGUUUAAAAUAUAUUUUUUUGGUUCAGCUUUCUUUAAAUCCAACAGGCUCAGAUCUCUGUUUUGUUGUUCUGAUUCUGGUUGAGUUGGUUCCCUUAACAAACACUUUUUCUGGAUUACGGUUAUUUUUUGUUUGCUUUUCCAGCAUUACAGUUUGGCACCAAAACAACCAGAGAGAUCACGUUUGAUCGGUUGCGGUUGAUAACACCAUCAUUUACGUAUCUGUGUUGUGUUUCUACGGCAGAAUGACUAUUGAUCGGCCGGAUGCAGAGAUGCGAGGGGUUCUGAAGAGAAGGUUUGCUGAGGUAGAGGAGGAGGCCAGCUACGUCUCAUCCUCUCCGUCGUCGUCCUCCUCCUCCUCGCCAUUAUUCUCCUCCGAGUGGGAAUCGGAGGGGGAGAACCAACUGAUCCUCCCGGCCCCCAGGGCCCCCAGGGCCCCUGCUCAACCUGCCUCUGCCCCCAUCGGUUCAAUCUUGAGUAAGUGGAGACGUGCCGACGGAAGAGGACACAACGUGAGAUUCGACACGGUGACCGUCUUCCACUUCCCGCGGUGCCAGGGCUUCGUGAGCGUGCCCAGCCAUGGAGGAGCCUCGCUGGGCAUGGUGUGGAACCACAGCGCCCUCCACAGGUACACGCUGGAGGAGCAUGCGGCGGCCCGACAGCGGAGACACCGGGAAAGACUCUUGGAGAGGCUGAGGGAGGACAGGCUGGAGCGCUGGAGAAAUAAAUUGGUAACUAGCGGUACCCUGGACCGCAGCGAGGCCGACCGGCUCACCGUGGACCAGCUCCCGGGCGGUUACCUGGAGGUCCCCAUGGAGGACCCGGCCCCAGACGGGGGCAUCUGGUCCCUGCAGCCGUACUCCUACAGGCAGAGGCAGGCCCUGCUGCGCGGGGCCGGGGUGAAGCACGUGGACCGGGAGGAGAAGAGGCAGCUGCACUCCCUGCGUCUCUCCCGGGAGGCCUGCGGCUGCGACUGCCGGGGCUUCUGUGAGCCUGAGACCUGCGCCUGCAGCCUGGCCGGCAUCAAAUGCCAGAUGGACCGCUCCAGCUUCCCUUGUGGCUGCUCCAUGGACAGCUGCGGGAACAGCCAGGGGCGCAGCGAGUUCAACGCGGGCCGCGUGAAGACCCACUACCUCCACACUGCCAUGAGGUUGCACCUGGAGGGGAGGCGGCCGCCGGGGGCCGCAAAUAACCACGACGACCAGAGGGAAGUACCCGGGCGUUGCGGCGAAGACGACCGGCGUGGCCGUGUUCCAGAACGGCAGACCCGGGAAGACGGCUGCCCUUUCGGGUUCAGCACCGAGGAGGAGGAGGGCGGUCUCCUGUUCCCCUCCGUGCCCCCCACCACUUCCACAGCCUUCUGCAUGACCCCUGAGCCCUCGGAGCCGGGAGAGGAGGGCAGCAGUGGCGGUGAUACGAUGGAUUCCUCUUCCUCUUCCUCUGAUCUCGACGCGGCUGAGGAAGGCGCUGACGGCACGCCACGCCGUCGACCCGAGGUCACCGAGGAAACCGGACCCCUGUCCUGUGUCCUCAGCAGGCUGGACCCCCAGCGGACCCACUGCGACGCAACGGAGGACGACCUUCAGCACAUGAGUAGCACCCGCCCACUUCCUGCCAGCCCCCUCGCCGACCCCGCGUCUCCCCUCGAAGGGGCUCAAACCACUGUGGUCGUUCGCCAAGACGAAGAUUCCCACAGGACCCCUUCCCCUUCUACCUCCUCUACUUCUACGGGGCAUCUGGACGAAAACGCCAACGAGGCCACCGACUUUUUCGGCGAGGACUCUCUGGAAAAAUUACCAGAUGCAGCCCUCUUCACUGCAAACUCCUCCUGCUCCUCCUCCUCCAACGGUUACGUGGUCCUCAGCGUCUCCUCGGAUUCGGACCUUGAGUUCUUCGACAGCGAUUACCUCACCUGCGGUGGCCAACUACACAACUCCUUCAAGGGAGGCGGGUCUCUGGAAGGCCUGGGGCACCUCCAGACCCUGACUUCCUGCAGUCUCCCACAGUACCCGGAGACACCUGUCUGCCUGCUCGAAUCUCUCAUAGGCUCGUCGUCUGAACCAAUUGCGGAAGAUGCACAUAUGGUAACCUUUAGUCAGCUGUUGGAGGUACUGCAGUGAUGCAGGUCUUGUCAGAUGCAUAUUGACGAUUACUACUGUAUGUUCAUUAUGUAUUGAGGAAUAUGUUUUCUGUUUUGUAUAUUUGUAUGGCUGUUUUGGAGUAGAUUAUCUUUUUCUACAUGAUAUUGAAUACAAUCUUUUUUCUAGAUAUUUUAUAUUUUCUCUAUCGAUAUCCUAACUGUUUUUUAAUUUAUGAGUAUUUCAUUCUUUGCAUAGAGAUUCUAAUGUGUUAUUUAAUUCCUUCAUGCUUUAAAAGUAUCAUCUUUAUCAGAUUUAUUCAAGGUUUUCAUUUUAUUUAUUUGUUUUAUUUCAUAUUGGGUUGAUAAAUGGCUAAAGAUUGGUUAAAUGGACUGAUGUAAAUACUCAGGAAUUAUCGAAUUAAUCAAAACGGAGCGAACAUAAAGGCAUUAGGAAAACGAUUUUAUACGCCAUUGUCUGAAAUGCUCCAUCACACAACGGAAAAACACAUUUAAUUUUUUUAUUAAAAUAUUGUCUCCAUAUACACCACUGUACUCUCCUAGCAAAUACUUGUGUGCUAACGCUGUACUUAAUACUGUAUAACAAAUCGAUGCCAAAUGUUAAGCAUAUUUAUUAUAUUGUCUACCUACCUUUUAUGAGGGAGGACUAUUUUCACAUUGGUCUAACUAGGAUUUCAGUGGAAGUACCGGGAGUACCACAUUCAUUUUUAAAUAACAUUGAAACACUUCUGCAAGCAGUUAUUUUCAUGUGGUUAUGUAAAUGUCAGAUGAUGCAAAUGUAACAACCAAUGUUUAACACUGGCUGAACAUUAUAAUUGUGCAUUAUUUUUAUCUGCGAAAUAAUUUUAAAUGUGUUUGAGGAUUUACACAAUUAAUAAAAUAUGUAUUUAAGAUUAUGACGGUGUAUGUUUGAAUACAAAUACAAUUUAUAAUAUUGCCGAAAUAAAGCAAAGCCUAUAUUGGAUCAAAAA